AGUAACCAGUUACCAGUAACCAGUGUACCAGUAGAUGACUCACUACCAACCGUCUCUGCGUGAAUCACUGUCUGUAUUCAUAUUGCUGCUGACCACAGCAGUAUUUCAAACACCCCCUCACAUAUGGGUACUGGGGUUAGUCAGUCUUACGAGUGAGAGCAAGGAGGCAGGUCACGGCUGUUUGGCGCUUCCCACACUAUCCGUAAUAUACGUACUACCAGCCUACGGACACACUGAUACCACUGCAUAAUUAUGGAAGUUACAAGACCAGAAAAAUCCAAUUUUCCGAAAAAAAGACAAAAUGAAAAAAAGAGCUGUGAAUUAGGGGAGAAUUUAAUGAAUAAAAAGACAAACCAGGAGAUAGAGUCUGAUGAAGAAAGUGGGGAAAUUAACAGAAUUUCAGAUAUAGAAAGUGGAACACAAAGGAAAAAUUCUUAUACAAGUGGAAAUAGUCAAAUAAAUUAUACUAAAGAUAAGGAAAAUGAGAGAGAAUGGGAGCCACAGACACCGGCCUGGUUGAGAGAAGAUGGAGGAAAGUGGAGAGAAAGAAGAAUUAAAGACAGCGGAUAAAACUGGGCUUGGCGAAACACAAACAAUGCAAAAUAAACCAGAAAUGGAGACCGCUGGAAUACACGCUGCAGUGGGAAGUGAGUUGCAAGACGCAACACAGAAAGAAGUGGAACAGGUACACGUCACUGUUCAUGAUGCUUCAAGUGUAGGCCCAACGAUGGCAGGAUCACAGGUGACUUCAUUAAGAGGGAUCAGCAAUGAUCUGCUUGGAUCAGCUGACACUUCAUCUGUACAGAUGAGCCAGGUGGACGUCACUCCACUUCAGCAGCAUGUCACUCCACUUCAGCACGUCAGUCAACUUCAGCAGCAUGUCACUCCACAUCAGCACGUCAGUCAACUUCAGCAGCAUGUCAAUAAAGUUCAGAAAGAAAACGAAAGACUGAAUGUUCAGAUGCCGGAGUUACGAGACCCGAGGAAAAGUACUCUUGAAGAAUAUGAAGCUAUCAUUAAAAAAAACAAGACGGAAUUACAUGAACUAAAGUUAUCAAUGCUGUACAAGGCAGUGUUGACAGGAGAUAAAGGCACAGUGCAGCAGCUCAGGAAAGAGAAUUUUGACUUUAACUCCAAAUAUUCAGGGGAGAUGAUAUUACACAUCGCGGUCAAACAGGGACGUUGUGAAGUACUUAGUGAGCUGGUGGAGGGCGGAGCAGACAUCAACGCUACUAACAGCCAAGGUGAGACGGCUUUACACAUAGCCAUCAGACACAAACGGUUCAGCAAGGUGGUGGAUAAGCUGCUUACACUCGGAAUAGACUGGCACUCACCAGAUGCAAAAGGAUGGACUCCAAUGCAGUUGGCGGCAGCAAUGGGGGAGAGAGGAGCCUUGGAAAUAUUUGCCAAAAAUGACUACAACUGCUUGAGUUUAGCGGUAGACAGAGAAGAGUCGACGUUGUUACACUAUGCUGCUGCCAACAAACAGAAGAACUUGGCCAAGUGGCUCGUUAAACAAGGCCUGACCCGUGAAAAUGAAGAUCAGAGAGGAUACAAAGCUAAGCACUACGCUAGAAUGGCUGGGGAUAAGGAGCUUGCUCGCUGGCUUGAUAAAUGGUACAGGAAGAUUCCUCUUAUAAAAUAUUGUAUUUCAAGUAAGAACGAGAUGGACAAGGAAGCAUUGCAACGUCUUCGUAUACCUAGUGAGACAGACCUUUCAUCCUUCAGCACUCAUCAGACAAGUAGUACGUCACCACAUGUUAGUAGAGAUACCAUGACUAACACUACAGAUAUAGUCAAUUCGAGUACAGAGAUGCUAAUUAAUACUCCUGACACACUUAAAUCAAGUUCCUCCAGUGCAGGCACUAAAGUUGCAAAAGCAGAGACGAACCGUCUACAUAGUCAAAAGAAACGAGCACCAUCUCGCCAGCCCCCUGAACAAAGUAAUGCUCAUCUGCAAGAACUACCCCGGGAGAAUGGUCCUGCAGUUGAGGUUGCAAACCCCACCACUGUGCUGACUCGUGUGGGACUUCCUAACUUAGGCAACACCUGCUAUAUGAACAGUGUGUUGCAGUGCCUGUACCACACCCACCCUCUCACACGUCACAUCAUGGCACCUUCCAAGAUGGUUAAUGGGCAGGUAGCUGGAGCCUACAAGACACUUAUUGAAGCGAUGUCGUCUGACAAGAAAACCAACAAUCUUCUCAUUACCAUGAAGGAGGUGGCUGCUUCCAGGGACACUAUCUUCCUGGACAACAUGCAGAAGGAGGCUCAUGAUUACCUGUCCCUGCUGCUGGAGUGGCUCCACCAGGACCUGGCUCAGGAACUUAUAAAUCAAUACUACCGGCAGCAGGAGAUCAUGUGGGACUGCAGGAAUUGCAACAAGGAACACCUGUGUACAGUGAAGUCUUCCAUCAUUCACCUUCCCCGUUUUCUCCUUCUCCAUCUCAGUAGAGUAAAUGCCGACACACACUCUGUUCAAAAGACAAAAGUUACCUACCCUCUGGAGCAUCUUUCUCUCAGACCCUACACUACACGACAGUCUAGCCCUUAUGACUUGUACGCGGUGUGCUGUCACCAAGGAUCCAUGGCUUCAGGACACUACACAGCCUUCUGCAGGAGUAGCAGCUCCCGGGACAGUAUAUGGUACUCCUUCAACGACACCCAAGUCAAUAAGACACAAUCACACGAAUUUCGCUCAAAUCCAGAUGCCCACAUCCUCUUUUACCAAGCACAAGCCUCGUGAAUUUAUGCAAUUUUAUUAAAAUGGUAAUUUUUUGUAAAUAAUUGUUAUGGUAUUUUUAUUAUUAUUAUUAUUAUUGCUACUUUAUUCGUUAUUUUUCUGUAUUUGUAUUGCUUUUAUUCAAGGGAUAGUAAUCUCGUUCCCUAUAAGGAAAGCAUUUAGGUUUGAUCCCAGGAAGGAAGGUAGCUCCAGUUACCUGAAUCAAAAGCCCUACACCGCUUGAGGUCUAUUCGCUAGAUAUUGUAUAACUACAGAUUUGGCGUUUCCUAAUAAUAAUAAUAAUAAUAAUAAUAAUAAUAAUAAUAAUAAUAAUAAUAAUCUGCCUGUUAACAAUGUAGUGUGAAUCGCCAGUUUGACAAUGUGGGACAGUCAGGGUACGGUCAAGUUAACGUCUGGGUUUCCAUUGUCAGCAUCUAUUCUUUUUCAUUAUAGGCGGUGUUCGUUAUACUAUAUGAAAGAUUGCAGCAGGCUGCUUAACUGAGCUUAAAGCUUAUCGACUACUCUAAGAGUUAUUGAAGCUCUUCUAUAACUUGUUCAUAACCAGUCAAGAAUACUUGAAUACUUAAAAGAGAGGUUAAAAUAAACUUUCUACGUAUUUACAGUGACAUACACCUCU